UAUUUUCCUCCCAGAAAAUACUUUUCUUUACUGUAAAAUUGUGUAAUGAGAUGCUAAUGAAAUAAAAUGUCCAUGGGAUGCGAGCCAAAGAUGGGUACAUAUUGACCUUAAGAGUUUGCGUGUAGGCUUAGAAUUCAGGGUACUGCCCUUCUUCAUCAAAAAGUGGACUAGGUAAGCAAGGGUUGGCCUUUCAGUAGGAAGGGAAAAUUCUAUCUCUGGCUGAGUUUUUUUGUAUUUUGGACCCCACCCAACAGCAUGAGGCCGAGGGAAAUUUCAACAGCCUAUUAACUUAGGGCUUUUUCAUCUCACAAGAUCUGUGACUAUUCAAGGAUCCUUGUGAGCGGAACUUCAUGUCUGUGAUCCUUUGGAACACAGAGAUCUGGCAUCCAAGGUCAGGAGACCACAGAUGGUUCUCUGCUUCCUCUUAUCAUCACUUCCUGGCACCUUCAUGUUGGAAUUCAGGUCCCUGGAUGGCAAGGGGAUGGAGAUUUGAUUUGACCUAGAUGUAGAGAGACUGAUGGCAGCACAGCAAGGAAUCCCUCAAGGAGCUGUGGUUAGUGAAGGGAAGGAGACGGACGCCACCUAGACUUGUGCUGUAAUCCACACUGCCCCAGAGGGCAGGGAAGGCCUUGGGGACAGAGCGCGAAGCCCUUGCCGCAGUCUUGGUGGAGGGGGACACUUGAGGCUGUAGAGCGGAGGGGGAUGUGGUGUGGACCCUGAGAGAGUGAGAGGGAGAAAUUCCACAGGUGGGAGAAGGGCAGGGAGGAGAGCAGGAGGAGGUGGAACACCGGCAGGUGUUCAAAUAACAGCUGGUGUGAGAUGGAGUGGAAGAACAAAUUGAGGACAUUGUCGUCAGGUGUCUGCCAACACGAGUCCAUCGCACACACGUGGACUUGGACGAGGGGAAGACACGGAUGUGCUGCCUGAUGGGGAAAACCAGUGAGGACUGCAACAGCGCGAUAACUUGGCCUCUGCAGGGCACAGCCACCAUGAUCUCAGCAGACUGAUGAUGGAAGAAAAGGAUACCAGGAACUGCCGCGCUCUGGCCUCCCUGGACAAUGGAUGGUGGGCAGCCCGUCCCUUCGCCCCUGGUGCCCCUGGGCAACGUGUCAUCCGAGUCUAGCAUGUCUCUGGAGCAGAAAACGACGUUUGUGUUUGUGAUUCUGCUGUUUAUUUUCUUGGGCAUCCUCAUCGUCAGGUGCUUCCGGAUUCUGCUGGACCCCUAUCGGAGCAUGCCAACCUCAACCUGGGCCGAUGGACUUGAAGGCCUGGAGAAAGGCCAGUUUGACCAUGCCCUGGCUUAGUGGGCGGGGGAAGCAGGGCCUCCUCCCUAGGAGGCAGAGAGCUGCAUGUGGUGACCAAGAUUCCCUUUAGCCAAUGUUCUUAAUAAGUCAAACUCGUAACAAUAUCUGGCUCUAGGCCCCACCCCAGCCCACUAUUCCAUAAUCAUGCAGUUGGGUUAAAAACAUUUGAGAAUGUCGGAAAUGCAGGUGUAUGCUACUAACCCCAAAUGGGAAAGUUCACCUUUCUGUGUUAACCUAAUGAAUGAGGAUGUGUGAUCUUGAAACCAAGAGCACGAGUGUUCGUAGACUUUGCCACAAAGUGGAGCAGGACCUGAUCCAACCAGAGAAGACUGGGAAGGAACUGAUCUGAACCUGGAGACAAGACCGAGAAGAGACCGCCUUGUUCUAAUCAUGUCUCCAUUUAGUUUAUUUCCUGGGCAUCUGGGUGCUGGACAGAGUGAGCAAGAAGAUGCUGAGGGGACCUCCAGCACGUUCCAAAGCAGCAACCACUGGGAAGCAAUAAGUGAUAAACUGAGAAGUGACAUUUCUGCUGAUGGUAGACAGUAUGAGUGUGGGUGAUGCUUACUUCUUAAAUGAAACUAAAUUCAAAGGCUGUCGAGGUUUAGAAACGAUGUACCAGGCCAAGUACACGCUCUGUAUAUGUAUUAACAACAUGUGUAGAGGUAACUAUAUAUAACCUGGAUUUCCUUUCUUUAUCUAAAUGAUUGAAAAAUAGAUUGUAAGUGUUGCUGCAAGUUUUUUUUUAAGUAAAUAUUGUUUAGAGGAUAAGGCUUUUACAGUCUUGAGAGAGAUGAAUGUUGAUGUCUGUGUAUAGUCACCAAAUAAAACUUU